CUUUCACCAUGGGCAAAUCCAAAUCACCUGCGCCGUCGUCUUCAGAAGAUACCACUCCAAUUCAAGAAACCAAGGAAAUGUCAAUAAUGGAAGACGAUGCAAAGAAGAGAAAGGAAGAAAAGCAGGAGAAGAAACGAAGAAAACGAGAGAAAAAGGAAAAGAAAAAGCGAUCUCGGACGUCCUCGGAGACAAGCAUCACCUCAGAUCCCUCAACUGAUAAAAUGCAGCAACCAGCCGGAAAGAAACGCCGUCACUCCAGCACGUGUGAGGAACGACCGAUGGUUGAAUCAUCUGCACAGGAGUUUGUCGCGAAAGAGCAAACAAGCCAGGAGUCGCAGUUCCAUAAAGUCACUCUCUUGCUCUUUUACCAGUACGUGGAACCGCCCUGGUCUAACGAAGUGUACAAAUACGCUUUAUCUCACGUAGAACAGCUUGGAAAGCAAGCCAACAUUAGUGGGCGUAUGAGAAUUGCGCGUGAAGGGCUCAACUGUACACUUACUGGCUCAAGGGAUGGUAUUUUGACCUUUUGUCGCUCGUUGCGUCGUUGGAAACCGGAAUGCUUCGAACCGACCGAAUUCAAGCUUACGCACGACCUUCCCGAUGCGCAGCGCUUUUCCAAUCUCAAAAUGAUUCCUGUUACGGAACUGGUGCAUUACGGUUUGGAUGGUGCCAAGGCGCCGCCGAUUCAGCAAUACCACGGGACGCAUCUCGAGCCGGAAGACUACCAUACAAAGCUGGCGGAAGAUGACACGGUCGUCAUUGACGUUCGUAAUCAUUACGAAGCGACGAUUGGACAUUUCCAACCACCAAGCGACCCAUCAAAACCCAAUGGACCGCAAUGGAUUGAUCCGAAAAUGCGCAAAAGCACAGAAUUUCCAGUCUGGUUGGACGACCCUAAAACAAAAGAAACUCUCAAAGGAAAGCAAGUGCUCAUGUAUUGUACCGGUGGGAUCCGUUGUGAACGUGCGUCAGCCUUGUUGAAGUAUAAGAUGGAUACAGACCCCACGGUCAAAGACCUGAACAUUAAAGGCGUGUACCAACUGCAGGGUGGCAUUGACAAAUACUUCAAAGCCUUUCCCGACGGUGGCUACUGGCAAGGCAAAAACUAUGUUUUCGACAAGCGCUUUGCACACGCCCCUCCGGUAGUAGAAGAAAGGAAAAGUUUCGCGCAGCCAAUGGGAAAAUGCGAAGCAUGUCUGAAACCUUGGGAUAAGUACGGAGGCAAGCGGCGCUGCCCAGCUUGUGGCGUUCCCAGUUUGAUAUGUCGACAUUGUAUGCAGGCAGACAAGGACAAGAUUAGGAAACUGGAUCGGUUUGUACGAUGCGACCUCUGCGUGGAACAGAAGGUAUUUUCAAAAAAGGAAAUGCGGGCGAAAGAACAGCAGCAGAUUGAUGAAUACGAGGCUCGGGUUGGGGCUAAAGGACUGUUGUUAGCAAAUAGGGAUACGGAGACCAAAGCGCCCACGAACUCAGGCGGUACCACGCGACUCUUUCUGAAAAACAUGUGCCGGAAGAGCAUGACGGACGAUGUUUUGUCGGAAUUUCUUCCGGGAAUCACGCACAUUCUUUGGCGCAUGGAUCGCAAAACGAAUCAGUUCUUUGGACAAGGCUGGGCCGAAAUGGAAUCCCCGGAAGCAGCGGCUCGAGCAGUCGCGAAGUCGGGUCAAAAAGUGUUGGGCCGGCCCAUUCAUAUAAAUUACCAGCCACCUGAUGGUAAAGAUGCCUGGCCACCGCCGAACAGUGCUGUCGCUAGAUAG